UUUUAGUUAAUUAAUUAAAGGAUCUGGGUUAUGAGGUUGGAGCUAAAUUGGCAAAGUCAGACGGCUUUGAGGGGAUAAGCAUGUUGGAUCGCUCUAAAUCAAAGGAACAUAGGGAGUGCCUUUGGUUUGUAAAGAUCCAUUGAUGUUCCAAAGUGAAAGAGUAGUGGCAGUAAUUUAGAGUACAGACUACAAAAAGCUUUGGGUUGAACAGAAGUCUUCCUUACAUUUGUUAUCGCUUAUCGUUGGAAUCAGUCUAAAGCAAGGGUUAAAUUUCUUCUUAAAAGUAAAGUAUGUUGGCCAAAUGUUUGUUUAUGCUAACGCUUGAACACAAAGAAGUACAAGUGUUAAUAAUAUCAAAAUAAAAUCUUUAGAUUUGGCUCUUUUAAUUUUCCAUCGGUGCGAAAAGGAAACCAGUAUCAAGAAACAUAGUCACCUAGAAUUCCGUGGGUACAUAAAUUUUGUGGAUACCUACCUGGACGCAUCCAAAUAAUA